CUUGUGGUUCGACAAUCCGCACGAUGCUCGCGAUGCUACUCCUCCGGCCGUGGAUAUUCCUGUUCGUGCUGAUGAACGCACUAGUAGUAAAUGCACAAGACCCGACCACUACCACUUCCCUAGCAUCAACAACUACUACGAGUGAGCCACAAGGUCCAAUAGGGUACACGACGUCGAUCGACACAAAUGGCCCUGCACCUCCGACAACUUAUGUGUAUACGACAACAGACCAGAAUGGAGUUAAGACACUUGUCACAACUGUCUUUACUCCAACGUAUGAGCCAACUUCCGCCAAUCCUUCAGUAUCUUCGGGGUCGAUAUAUGCCUACUCUGAUUACACUUCACGGUUUCCUGCACCAUCAUCGGGGUCGGCUGUUCGGUUGGCGUUGCUAAAUUGGGGCCAACUCACCCCUGCUGUGCUUACAGUUGUAGGUGUCAUCACGGGAGCUGUCAUCGUAUUAUGAUUUCCACGAGUUAAUUAUUGGACACACCCAUUUGUACGACACGGACGUUAAUGUUGGUUGAUAUGAUUCCUUUGCUUAGGCGUCGACCUUGCAUAGACCUUGUUCAUUUCCACUUAAGCAGUACAAGAACACUUUGACGUCAUUUGCCACACAUCGAAUUUGUCUUGUCGCAAUUAUCAUCGAUAUUGGCGCGUAGGAUUAAUUGAUGAGAGUUUCCGCUCUUGAAUUUAUAUCCACAGUAUAUAG